AAGGCAGGAGCAGGUAAAUUCAUUGCUGUUUUAGUUUCCUGGGUUUUGUUAAUCUCAGGGAAGAUGACGAUGAUUCACUCAUCUCUAGUCAGGGACGGUCAAUAAAAGGCCUAGUAACAAGAGAAACACUUCAGAGAAGCUGCUCUGGGGCCUGUCCUGUUCUCAUUCGCUGUCCCGCUCAGAGAAGCUGUGCUGUUCUUAGUCCCGGUCGGUACAAAGGCAAUCAUUGUGGCUCUUCAGCCCCCAGCUCUAGCGGGAGCAGGAAUAGCUUCAGCCAGCCCUCCCCCGGCUCGCCGCGUUCAGGACACAAUGCCCAGAUUCAGAAGAGCACCCUUGGGGUGCAACAGCACCGAGUUAAGGGGGAGCCCUGGCAAGCGCACGCAAUGCUGCUGAGUAACCCUUUACACACUGCACCCCUUACAGCAAGGAUCGGACAGAUCUUCAGAACUGCUUCUCUGAUGUUCUUAAAAGGAUUUUUCAUGCACCGUGGGGAAAUUGACACUUUAUAUUGGUAGUUGUUACGCUGCAUGCUUUUUCAUGGUACGUUUUAGUGUGUUGCCAAUAUACUUUGCUUUUAGGCAUGAAACAAGCGUGCGUUGCUUUGUAUCAUUUAUUCAAAGUUGUGCUUGCCAUCUGGGUGAAACCCUUUAAAAACUCUCCUCUCCUGGGUACCGACAUUCUGAAUUGCAUUCUAUAAGAAAAACAUGACCGCCCCUAGUAAAAAAAAUCCAAUUUCACAUUUCACACGGUGUCGCUAAAUGAUUUUUGAAGACUAAAAACCCAUUAGAGAAAAGAAAAAUCCUCAGAGCUUGUUAUCCCCUCGCAUUUCAUAAUUUCCAUAAUAUAAUCUGCAUGUCUGCUGUGCAGUGGCUGUGAUCUGUAUGGAACAUCAAGGAUGCAAUAGAGUGUGAAAGCCAUGCACUGCCCCUCCAGGCUGCACAUAUAAGUUUACUAUUGAAGUAGAUGCUGCAAAAAAAAAAAAAAAUGUUGUGCUGUGUGGAAAUGCUGCCUCAACCAGGAAGCUUCCAUAACCUCAACCCACACCCCAGUUGGCCACUUCAGGAGCCCUUGGAUAGAUAAUGUGGCCACUAAGCAAAUAAUGGUUCCCCCAUAAGCUACAGUGACUGGAUGCAGCCUAUGGGGCUGCAGGACAGAGCGCUCCUGCAGACUGUAUCUCUGUGUGGCUCAGUAGCUGCAGGGGAGGGGAGCACACAUUUCACAUGACUGCACCAUUGGCUGACUUGCUAACUUACUUAACACAGGAGUGUCUGUGUCGCCACGUGCUCGUGUCAGUGUGUCUCUGCCUCUCCAGUGCCACGGCAGCUCUCCGAGCUUAGACCCAUCUUACCCCCAGUUUGGGACCAGUCGAACUCCAUUCUCACUGCGCUGACGGGACAGGAUCAUCGGGAUGGGGGCCAGCCUCAGGCACUUCUUUGUCCGAUCUUGUUGCUUCUGCUGUGAAGACAAUGAGCCGGAAGAGAAGAGUCCCAUACUCAGCGAGACUCUGCAGUAUUUCAACCGGGAAGCGAAGCGCCGGCGAGCCGAGGAGACGAACCUCUGGAGCGAGCCUCUGGAUAAAUCUCACAUGGAGCGCGAUGACGACCGUGACCUCUACAACCUGCUGCAGCGCCGGGCCAAGACACGCCGUGGAUCCCAGGGGUACCGGCGGCUCAGUAUCGAUAUCCAUGGCAAGAGGCAGGUGCGGCGAGACGUGCAAGAGCGCUGGAAAAUGAUCCUCGAGAAUCUGGGGUUCCAUGCGGAGGCGGAGUCUCUCCUCACUGUCUCCUCAAACUGCUCCUACGCUAGCCUGCGCCACCCGGCCGCCACGCGCACCCUGCUGAACACACUGCAUCACGAGACCUCCGUCUUCGACCGCAAGGACGCCCCGCCCGAGAGAUACCUCUUCGUGCUGGAUCGCUUGUUAAUUCUGGACGCUGCUGAAGAUUUCGUUGGAAAAGCCAGGCUGUACUACCCAAAAGAGGAGGAGUCACAGGACGAGGUGGAGGCGGAGCCAGAGAACACCACACCCAUCCUGGUGGCACAGACCAAUCGGCCGAUACCUGGGGAGGAAGAGGAGGAGCUAGAGGACGAAAGUGUAGAGAUGGACGAUGACGUCUUCAUGUCCAAAUCUAUGGAAUGAUGGACAAGUGGACGUGGGGGGUGGGGGUGCUAGAAAAGAAAGGGAGAGAGAGUACAAAUACAGAUGUAAAACUCUGGAUACAGGCUUAGAGAGGCCUGAGGUUGAGAGUGGGGAGAAUGGAAAGGUUUCGUUUUUAAUAAUCAAGUUACUGAAAUUGUAAGCUAGCAAGAGUAAAUACCCCAGGAACACAGCAUAGCAAUCCAGCUAUGAAUACAGGGACUACUGUAUUCAUAGCUACUGUGCUUUCUGAAAUAUCCAGUUAGUCUGAAAACAGUUGGCUCAGAGAAUUGUAGUAAGUGUUCUUUAUGAAGUGCCUGGGAGCUCAAACUGCUGGAUUUAUUAAACAACCUUU